GGCAGUGUCCUGCUGGGGACCAGGCUUUGCCAAAAGCCAGAAUCUCUCUCCGGAGCUUUAGAUCCAGCAGGCUUGAGAAUCUGAUCCCAUGAAUUGAAAGGAAUUGGGCGGGGAGGUGAAAGAAGGAGUUUAACAGCAGCUCCAAAGAGCUUCAGCACCUGAAGGGAGAACAAAGGAGGGGCUGUUCCUCUGCUGAGCUCCCUGACAGUAGCAGGGCUCCCUCCAGCAUGCAGGGUUUGGGAAGCUCAGCUGCAGCCACUGCAGGGAAGAGUCUUCAGGGGAUGCUGGGGGUGAGCUCAGCUAAGAGCAGCUCCCAUCCUCUCGCACGGGACCCGCCAGCGUUCUCGUGGUGAGGAGCAAGUCUCUGAAAUAACUGAGAGAGGAAAGCUGGGAAGCUUCACCUGCACCUGCCAGACCCUGGAGAACAAAGGCAUAACAGCCAGCAGAUCUAAGAUCUUCACCUGCUCAAUCUGAACUUCCUGCAGCGACAACAAAAACAAAUUAAAGGUGUUUCCACUUCAGUCUUGGUGUUAAGCUCAAAACCACAGCCAUCAACCUGCUGAAGUGUUGAUCUUCUGGAGACCUGCCCUCACUGUGACCUCUUCAGAAACAACACCCUCCCCUCUGCAGCCAGAUAAACUCCUGUCGUCUCCCAGCUCCCUCUUCCCUCUUGAAUUAUUUACUGAGGUCAUGAAUUUCUUAGAAAAUCAGGCAACAGGACAUGGAGAAGUGAAGAGAGCCCUUUCAGGGGUGACACAAAAGUGCCGGGGCCCUGAUGGUCAGAGGACAUGCACAGGCCUUCAGCAGGAGAGUGGUGUGUGGGCAAAAUCCAGCCCUGCCAAGGAAUCUCUCCCUUCCCAAAACACGACAUUGGUUUCACCAGUAAUCAUUGCACAGAUUGAUGAGGAGAAGCUCUCUGUGCCUAUGCAGGCCCUGCUCCCCCAGCCCAGAGCUCAUCACACAGAACCAUCCUUGCCUAACCAGGGGUCAGCCUUCGUUAGCAGAACAUUUCUGGUGCUUCCCAGCCGCUUGGAGAUUCAGGCAUCCUUAGAAGACACCAUGUCACCGUCGGACUCUCCCGCUCCAAAGCAGUGUCCAAGCCAGCAGAGAGGCUUUGCCUCCAUCACUGUCACAGCCAGGCGUGUUCCUGUGGGCUCUGGAGACCUGGCACGUGGCCCUGGGGCUGGCCAGGAGCCCAGCACCGUGUCCCCCACGCCCAGCAGAGUCCCCGCGCUCCUCGAGCGCUGGCCUCCCCCAGCCCACACAAACCAACCUCCUUCAAAGGCCUCCAAGUCUUGCUCAAGAUUAGGUGAGGAACCCCAAAAGCAGCUUUUUGACCCUGGAAUCAAGGAGGAUGGCGUGGGUCUCCAAUGCAGUGAUGGGAGGGAGAAAAUUCCACCUUCAUUCAUCUCCUGUGUCCAGCUCCAGGUGUCUGAGCCCUGUCCAAACACCAUCUAUUAUCUGGACAGGUCACUCAGCGUGUGCAUUGACCAACCUCGAGUUAAAUGCCAAAAAAUGUACAGAUCCACGUUGUCCUUGAGCCUGAAGUGCAGUUUGUCCGGAUUAACAGCAGAUGGAGUAGAUGGCAUAGCUAAUGGAGAGCCCAUGGAGGAGAGAGCUCCAAGGAGGCUCCCAGGAGCACACGGGGCUCCGCUCAGAUCCCACCUGAGCACAGACUUCACGGGAAAUAAGGUAAUUAAGGAGGAGAAAACAAAGGAAGGACAUUUGGGUCGUAAAUUCCAAAGUGUCUUUGCCUGGGGACUUCCAGCAUUUGUGGAUAUUCCCAGAGGACCUCACAAGGCAGCAGCUGAGGAAGAGGAUGAGCAGCCUGGCAGCCACCACUCUGUGUUUGCCCUCCAAAUUCCUAAUUCAAGCAAUGAGGCGGGAGCACCAAUGCUGCUGGGAGGCAGGAAGAGGAGUAGCACAACAACCCCUGGCUCCCUUCCAGCUGCAGCCUCCAGAGAAACCAUUGCUGCUGCUCCUGAUGGCUCAUCCAACAGGGCAGAUCCCUCCAAAGACACCUCCAAACCCAAAGAGAUCCAAGCACAGGGUGUCCUGAAAGCAAAAAUGUCUGUCUCCAACAGCAUAUGCAACGUGAAGGCGUCAUCAGGAAUCCUCUGGGAAGAAAAUGUUCACAGGCAAAAGCAGCUCCUAAAAAGCAAUUAUGAAUUCCCUGCUCCAAGGGACAGAACAGAGGAGCUGGAGGCACAGGACAAGCCAGGCUGGAGGGUGCCCCUGCCCAGGGUGCCCCUGCCCAGGGUGCCCCUGCCCAGGGCCCACUCUCCAGGUGUGGCCUGGGAGAAAAACCUGCUCACCUGGCCAGAACCCUGCUCCCAGCUGGAGAAAAUUCCAGCAGCUCCGUGGACACUGCGGGAAGCCCUGGAGCUCCACAACCCCCAGUUCAUCUCGCGCUCCCAGCAGAGGCUGAAGAGGCUGGAGCUCAUGGUGCAGCUGAGGAGGGCCCAGCACAGGGAGGCUGCCCCAGGCACCCCCCGAGCUCUGCCUCGCCAGCUCUCCACCUCCACUCCCAGCAGGAAGAGGCAAUUCACCAUCCCUGACCCUCUCAGUGAUAACCUCUUCAAACCAAAGGAGAGAGUCAUUCCCGAGAAGGAGAUGCACAUGAGAUCUAAAAGGAUUUAUGACAAUUUACCUGAGGUUAAAAAGAAACAAGAAGAGAAGCAGAAGCGGAUCAUCAUCCAGAGUAACAGGCUGCGUGUGGAGAUGUUUAAAAAGCAAUUACUGGACCAGCUCCUCCACAGAAACACAGAGUGACAAAGGAGUCUCUUGCUCAUCAUCCUAAUUGGAUCUUGAAUGCCUUUGACUUCUAGAUAAGCCAUAAAAUUAACUGUUAUCUCAAUUACCUGGAGGUAUUUUUCUUAUCUUUGCCUCUUUGUCUAAAGAAAGAUCAUUUAUGUUUCAAUUGAAAUUUUAAGGCAACUUUCAUGUAAUCAAAAACAGCCUAAAAGGGAGCACAGCUGUUCCAGAGCAUCACCUUUUGGUCAGUUUACCCAGAGGAAAUAAUUUUAAGAAUUUUUAAUGCAAAUACUGAAUUACAGGGGUAUUAUUUAUCUUAAUCUUUUUUUAAAAAGCACACUUUUCUGUAGCAAUAGCCCAGUGUUUAUAAGACGUGGAAAACUUAUUUCUCUGAAGUAUUUUAUUAAUUGAUUUCCUGUGAGUUAAAGCCUUGAAGAAAACUGUUAUUUGUUAUGUUUAGGAACCAGUUGAAAUAGCAUUACCACAUCAUCAGAGCAACAGCAGUUUCACAUUAAUACUUAACAUUCCAAAAGGGACCAAUAUUUCAGCUUUCUGAAGAGCUCCAUUCCUGUUCAUGGAGUGAAACUACCUAGCAAGCUCUGCCAUUAAAAACCAAUAUUUAAACAUUUGUUUAUAACACUUUUUCACGUUUUUCAUUGUAACAUACGUUCUACUCCACUUCUGUGAGCACAGAGUGUUUCUAGAAAUGGCAGAUGAAGGAGUGGUGCCAAGAAGGAUGUUUGCAUCAAAACUUGCAGAACUCAAACCAGCUGUCAUGUUUCCUCCAAAAAAACAUUUAAAUCUUUAUUUGUACAUGCUGGAAGUAAAAACAAGCAGCUCACAAACCAAUGGAGUUUAUUUAUGGAAUAAAGCAUGAGGAUAAUAUUGAUCCAAGCGCUGUGUUUUUAUUUGGUGCUGUUAAAUAAAACAAAAUUAUUGAAA